ACCACUGAGGAGAACGUUUCAAUUUGCAUAGAAGAUACGAGAGGAAAAUGUCAGACUAUUCCAGCAGCGACUACAGUGGCAACUCCCAGAGGAGGGAGAAAUCCGUGAGCUAUGCCCUCUACCUCCACCGAAGGGAGUUGGGGCGGCCCAGGCGCAAGAUGAUGCGAAUCGCUAGCACCAAGUUGCAGCUGACAAACGAGCUCAUCCAGCUGCAGCAGCGUCGCCAAUGGGAGACGGCCUUUGACCUCGAGUUCGACGCGGAGGCCAGUUCCCAGCAGAUGAGUGCACUCGAUAGGGAACGGGAAUAUCGGGACAGAUUGCGAACCAAUAUGCAGCGGCAACUCGAGAAGCAGCAGAAACGCAAGCGAAAGUAUCUCCAGGAAAUCGGCAAACUAUAGUGCGAGCAUUAUGCGGAAGGCAAUAAUUAAUUAAUUAAUUGAGCACCAUAUUAAGUAACUUAAAGAGUAUGACAAACUAGAAAAUCAAGAUUUUCAAGCUAUAGGUUUAAUCUUUCUGACUAUUUUGAAUUUUACACUCUGGAAAGCAGUAACAUAAAAUAAGGAAC